AUGGCUCUUUUACCGGAUCACCUUAUCGCCCCAAACCCUGUGAAACUCUGGGCCGAUUUCUUUCAAUUGUUGGCCGUUUCCUGUCAAGCUUACGUGUUCUCAAUCGAACUCUCGAAAGAUGCCACUUAUUAUCCAGGCGGUCAAAACUCGUCCGUCGUUCCCUACCAUUCUCUUUGGACCAUCUGGUACUCAGCCAUCAAAAAAAUCCCGCUCGAAACACCAAAACGAAAGAAAGAAGCAAUAAAAGUACCGGAUUUCAUCAGUAAGCGACAAAACCUGCUUGACGAGGCAAAGAAUUUCGUCUUUAUUUACUUCUACUGGGUGACGUUGGGAGUGAUUUUUUCGACCGGAACGAGUACAGUAACUCUUUUCAAUCUCGGCUAUAUUCUUGGUUGUUUCUUCUUUCUUUGGUUUGGUAAUUCGCUCUUUUUACGACCAAUGGCUACGGCUUUACAAUUAUGGGACACAUUGAUUUUCUACAAUGUUUCAGUGAUUUUUGUGAAAAUCUCGCUACAGGUUGUUGGCUGUGUCUACAUGUCACAAUUAUACAAGAAUUUCUGCUGGAUGUUGCAAUUGUUCGGGAUCGCUUGCCUCAAAACGGGAUUGGAUCCGAAAUUGAUUGUCAAAAGAGAGAUUCUCGGAGAAUGCGAUGUGCCGCAUAGUGAAGCCGGCAUUUUCUAUGAUGGAUUAUGUUUUGCAUUCCUAUUGAUUCAACGUCGAAUCUUUCUCUCCGAGUACUUCAAACAUGUGAUCGCUGAGUAUAAAUCGCAGCGUUUCUUCGCGAGCCGUGGAGCCGAAUUGAUUGCCAAGAUCACUCUAAAAGACAUCAAGGACGCUGAAGAAGCUGAGGCACAAAUGCUAGCUCAGGUCCGCAAAAAGGUCGAGGGAGUCCGAGUGAGGAAUGAAACCGAUAAAAAGACGUUGAAAGAGAAAGUGUCGAGUGGAGAUGAGUUGAGUCCCACUGAAGCCUCGCCGAAUGCACCGUCGAUCUCGAUUCAAAGAGUGGAUACACCAAAAGAAAGCACUCCUCCAUCACCGAUAAUGACCGACAAUGGAGCUUUGAUCUCACUAAAUGUACAAGAAGAGAAAAAAGAUCCUCGAGAAUCACUCAAACCCUCGGUUGACUUUGCUGUUGAUUAUUCACCGAAAACAACUCCGAAAACUGGCACGAGAAUGAGCAAAAGUAUUCCACAACAAAGGGGAUUGCCAUUGAAUCCAUUGAAACCUCGUACUUCAUCUGAUGAACAACAAGAUGAUGAAUGGUACACUUCAACAACUCCACAAAAAGAGAAAAUAUUCGAUGAGAAGAUUAUUGAAAAAGAGGGAGGAGUCAAAGGAUUAGGGCCACUGCAAUUACUUCAUUUCGUUUUCUCGAAGGGAUCUUUUAGAGAAGCGUUAAGGGAAUCCCGCAAAAUCGAGGCCACUCACGAGAAACUCGAAAAGGAAAUGGAGCAAACAUUUGGAAAAGCCGAUCACGAGGCGAUUCGUCGGGCAAUCUUUAGCCAAAAGCAGAAAAAACCAAAAGCCGAUUACGACGAAGAAACGUUUCACGAUCCGUACUCAUCUGGAAGAGAAGACACUGAUGCGGAAGCGAGAAGAAAAUCGACAAUUCCACGAGCGCCUUUGAAUGUGAGUGCUGCUCGUCGCACUGUGAGUGAGGUCACUGCUCCGGGCGUCUCGUUCAGCAUUGAUUCACAGACUGGAGAAGGUCAUUCGGGCAGCUCAUCGCCGAUCAAAGAAACAAUGGAGAAUCUGGCAGCUAUGGUUAUUGAGGAAGAGUUAGACGAAGAAGAGCAAGAAACGGAAACGCGUAAGAAAAUCCGGGCUCGGAUGAGAGCGAGUCGGUUGUAUCAAUAUUACAUUUUCAUCAAAGAAUGGCUGAGGGAUUUGUGGCGUUUUAAUCUAAUGUUUUGCGAUGCAGUGAUCGAGUCAACAAUUCAAAAUUUGAUGAUACUAAGCAGGGAUUAUCGAUAUGUGGCUAAAAUCUUGACAACGGAGAAACGGUUGCACAAAGAGUUGGCUGAUGAAUCGGAUGACGAACGAUUGCUAUCUGCGGUGCAAUUGGAGAGAAAGAGAAGCUUUUUGAAAUUUCAGAUCGAAAAUCGAAAAGCCUCGACAGUCGUCGGGAUUGAGGAUCAAGAUAUGCAAAAAUUACAUAAUGCAAUUGAAGCGGAAAGCACGAAAGAGGCGAACAUCAUCGAUUUGUUGGAUAACACAGAGAUUUCGGAAAAAGAAUCGAUCAUUCCGAAGUCUGACAUCCAAAGUGAAUACAAAUUGAUUCGUUUAAUUCGCGCUUUCUACUAUGCGUUGAUGUCGAAAUCGGAAUUUCUUUGCUAUUUAAUGAUCGUGCUCAAUCAUAUGAGCACAGCGUCAAUGCUUUCAAUGCCGCUUCCCUUAAUGACCCUUCUCUGGGGAACACUCACCGUUCCCCGGCCUACAAAACGCUUUUGGAUCACAAUCAUCACAUAUACCGAAGUGAUGGUUGUCGCGAAAACGAUCUUUCAAUUCGGUUUUUUUCCAUGGAAUGGCCAGACAUCAGUCGAUCCGAUGUGGCCGCCAAGAUUGUUGGGAAUUGAAAAACGCGACAAAUAUGCGGCUUGGGAUUUAGCGUUGCUGAUGUGCGUUUUCUUUCAUCGUUCGAUCUUGAUGGCAAACGGCUUAUGGGAACCGCAAAUCAGUGAAGCGGAGAUCAUGCGGAAAUUGGAAAGGAAAAGGCUGAAGGUUGAAUCAGCGGCCACCUCGAGACGGCCCUCGAUUGCUACUCUGGCUUCGGAGUUGAGAAGUACCUCGGAUUUGAGACACAUUGCCGAGUUGGGAAGGGAGAGGCUGAAGAAUCGGUGCGUGAGUUCGAUUUUCGGAGCAUUU